AUGCCUACAGCUAAACAUCGACACCGAGUGCCAGCCAUGCUCUUAGUAACCGGCGCCUUUAUCGUCCUCAUGGCAUUGCUGGUCCAAACCGGCCACACACAAACCUCCAUACCAGAUUGUGACCCGAGCAAAUGCCAACCACUGACAAACAUCUCGGAGGGGUCCUUAGAGCCUGGACAAAGGAUUCGCCGCGAAUUGGACCUGUGCUGUGAGACCCUCAGGCUGUACUGUGAUAUCAGCGCGUGUCCUCCGGUGGUGGAGUUCUGCGAUGUGGAGCGUACCAUUCGUCCUAGAACCGUGGCCGGUAGUUGCUGUACUCUGCAGCGUUGUGAUAACUUCUGCGAGGUGUACACCGAGGACGAGUUCACGACACGAUCCGUCGGCGAGAAGUGGUUCAACAUGGUGAACGAGACGACCUGCAUGAAUUACGAAUGCCUGCGGAACGAGCACAACGAAACGUUCAUCAACUCGAUCGGUAUACAGUGUAACACGACCUGUCCGAAGGGUUUCGAGGCGCAGCUGUCCCAUCAACACUGCUGCCCGCAGUGUGUCCAGGCACAGUGCAAAUUCGACGAGCAGUUCUACCGCGAAGGCCAAUCGUGGGAAAGUCCAGACGGCUGUCUUUUGUAUCGGUGCGCGAAGGAUAACGACUUCCUAGCGAUCAGCUCCAGGCGCAAGCAGUGUCCACCGUUGGACAGUAACUGUCCCGCCCACAGGGUGAUCGAGCGCGAUUGUUGCAAGGAGUGCAACACCACGGAAACGGAUGAGUUGUCGGAGCUAUCCACUUCAACGACAGUGUUGCCAGACGAGAAUGUGGAUUUCUACGAGGAGCAGAGCUACAGCAACCACCCUUGCAAGCGCGUGUGCACGUUGGGACGCAAACCGGAAACAUGCCACUAUCGCUUCCGGCUCGAAUGGUACCGGACGCUCUCGAAGGCGUGCUACAAUUGCCCGUACAAUGCCACUGACUGUGCGCGACCGCACUGUAUCGCCGGAGAUGGCGUACGUCGGAAUGUGGCCGUCAUUAACCGUAUGAUGCCUGGACCAGCCAUCGAGGUGUGCGAGAACGACAUUAUCGUGGUGGACGUCGAGAACCACCUGAUGGGUGAUAGCACAACCAUCCACUGGCACGGACUGCACCAACGUCGGACACCGUACAUGGAUGGAGUGCCACAUGUGACGCAGUGUCCGAUCAGCCCGGGAACUACCUUCCGGUACACAUUUCGAGCGGAUAACCCAGGGACGCAUUUUUGGCACUCGCACACGGGCAUGCAACGUGGGGAUGGUGCGUUUGGGGCGCUCAUCAUCCGCAAGGACAACGAUAUCCACGAGCUGCUGUACGAUCACGAUCUGUCUGAGCACGUCCUGACGGUGCAGGAUUGGGCGCACGAGCAAGGCGUGUCGCUGUUCGCUUCCCAUCACCACUCGACUGGGGACAACAAGCCUCCGAACCUGCUGAUCAACGGGCGUGGCAAGUACUUCGCAAGGACUGCCAAAAUUCCGACGAUCACACCCAUCUCCGUCACCGUUCCUACUUCAACGGAUAAGAGUGCACUUGGGGAGGAUUUCGGCGAUACAACUCUGCUGGUUGACGAAGAACUAACCACGACAGAGCCUGUCGAUGGUGCCCUUCUUCUAGACGAUUCGGAACUUCUGCAAGCCAGUAGCGAUCACAAGCUGAAGUCAGUACUUCGCCCGGCAGAUGUGCGGCAUCGCACCAAACGGCAGUCACGAACGGUCAACUUCAACGCGGUGAUCUCACCCGAAUCACAGCACAUCCCUCUUGCGGUGUUCCACGUCGACCGAGGACGCCGGUACCGGUUCCGGUUGAUCAACGCCGAGUUCCUAAACUGUCCGGUAGAGCUGUCGAUCGAGAACCACAACCUGACGGUGAUCGCAUCGGACGGAUUCGGUGUACAACCGCUCGAGGACCUCGGGUCAUUCGUGAGCUACGCCGGUGAGCGGUUCGACUUUGUGGUGAAAGCCAACCAGCCGGUGGGCAACUACCUGAUGCGAUUCCGCGGAUUGAUGGACUGCGACGAGCGGUUCACGUCCGCGUAUCAGUUCGCGGUGUUACGCUACCGAGGCGCUCCGGAAACGGUGGAGUACGAGUCCUGGCCGUCGUACGACUACGACGCACCUGGUCCGCAGCUAAACUCGCUGAAUCGUGGGCCUGGUGCCGAAGACGUCAUCACGAUCGCUGAGACGAACGCGCUUGACCAGGAGGAUCUGCUGUUGCUACGCAACGAGACGGACUACAAGUUCUACGUGUACUACGAUUUCUACGGCAAGGACAAUCCGCAUUUCCACGUACCGGAGUUGUACGGGUUUGGGCAGGUCGUGAACAACACGAAUCGGCUGUAUACGCCCCAGCUGAACCACAUCUCGAUGCGAAUGCCUCCGGUGCCGUUUCUGCCCGGUCGGGAUGCGCUGGAUGAGAGUCAGUUUUGCAAUGAAACGAGCCUGCGUGACCGGAACUGCUCCGGUGGAGAGUUUUGCGAGUGUAGCCACGUGAUCCAGAUACCGCUGCAUGCGACCGUCGAGAUGAUAAUGGUUGAUGAAGGCUUCACGUUCGACGCCAACCAUCCGUUUCAUCUGCACGGGCACGCUUUUCGCGUUGUCGGGAUGGAUCGCGUUAGUGGCAACAUUACGAUUGCGGACAUCCGGCGUAUGGACGAGGAGGGUCGGUUGCCGCGACGACUUAAGAGAGCUCCGAUUAAGGACACAGUCACCAUCCCUGACGGGGGAUAUACAAUCAUCCGGUUCAUCGCCAAUAACCCUGGUUACUGGCUUUUCCACUGCCACAUUGAAUUCCACGCCGAAAUCGGGAUGUCGCUGGUGCUGAAGGUGGGUGAUAAUGCGGAGAUGGUACCGGUACCGGCCAACUUUCCCACCUGCUCCAACUUCCAGCCCAAACUUGGCCAGCUCGGUGAAAGUGCUGCCGCAGGAUCUGGUCCUUCAGCUGCCAUUCUGGCCAUCCUGAUGGCGGUUACGGUGUUGGGUAUUGGGUGGCGACGCCUUCCGUAAACCGCAGAAGUAGACCGGAUGUGUUUGUGAUAUUAGCCGCGUAGUAUUAUUGUGCCGCCGCUAUUCGGUGCCGUUAAGUUAUGACUCAGUUUCCUACCACGUAAGAUGAAGUUAGUGAGCUAAGGUGAAAGCAAAAAGUAACAAAAAAACAAGAACCACUGUCGUACAAAGUCUCGUACAGCCCCAAGUGCUCUUAGAAAAACGGGAAUCGAGUAAAUAAAGCCGCCA